AUGAAGGAUAAGAAUACCCAUAAUGAUGCCAAGCAGUAUAAUAUUACAAAAUCUUACAUUUUGGGUCUUGCGUCGGCUUCAUUGCCUGAGUUGUCAGAUUCAUUAGGAGGAAACUUGCAUCAAAUAUCAGACGAGCAGCUUAACAGGUUGAUAAGUAUAAGAUUUAAAAAUGAUCCAUUAGCAUUAAUAAGACAGCUAUCAUAUGAUAUAGCGCUGAAGGAAUCAGAAUUAAUAAUUCUUAGAAAGAGAAAGUUCGCAAGAGAACAAGAACUUUUGAAGCUUUGCAACCAAUAUGCAAACAUAUCAGCCGUCGAGAUGGACCAAAAGUUGAACAACGUGGCACCGGAUCAGAAUGUGGAGAAUAUUCUUCUGGGAUUGAUAGAUACCGCUAUUCACGAGGACCUUAAGAUACCAGAUAACAUCCCGCAUGAUGACCCCAGCGAUAUAGCUAUUGAUAGAAUUGAGGAUCGAGAAUCGACUUUGCCUGUUUCAUCGAGAGAUAUAAAUUCUCCUUAUGAAAAUAAAUUUAGACGUAAUUCCAAGUGGUUCAGCCAAUGGUUCCACUCUACUGAUAGGCUUCCAUCAGUACUUCGUUCAAAUUCUGAUACGAGUACCAAAAAUAAUGAUGAAUCAGGUCCUCGGGCUUCCAGAUCACUCUCUACACUCUUCAAUUUGAAUAAGACGGAAGAUAUAGAACCAGCUACAAAUUUAAAGGCUCCUGUUGAACUAGAAAGAAUAAGUGUAUACCCCAAAGACCAUUUAUUUUCCCCUCCGCCGGAAUUCGACGUUGAUAAAUAUGGAUUCUUCAACUCUGAGAACAUAUCGAAUAGUUCCAGCCCGCUGAGGCAGAAUAUUCUUGAAUCAUGCGAACCAUGCGAAAUAUUGAACCAAAUGACACUAGAGAGAGCCCCAAAAAAGAAGUCUUCUUAUGUCAGUAGAAGUUUAACAAGCUCAGUAACAGAGCUUGAGGCCAAGGGUACUACAGAUAUUCAAAAGAAUGGCCCAACAAUGGAGAAGCUCAGAGAAAUAAGCAGACUUCAUGAUAUAAGCAGCCAGAAGUUUGAGAGCAAAUGGGAAUCAUUUUUCAAGGAUUUAAGUAAAGAUUAUUAUCAAGUUAGCAGAUCGAAUCUGAAGACAGAUUUUACCCAGAGCGAGGAAAUUUUUGGGACGCAAGGUUUAAAUCUUAUAAAUUUAGAUAAAUCGUUACUUGCUAAUAGUGAUGAUACUAGGUACUAUAGGAGGUUGAAGAAUUUGAUCAAUGAAAGAGGCAUUCCUUUUAAAUAUCGUUACGACUUAUGGCUUGAACUCUCGGGAGCCAAAAAUCUUCGAAUUAAUGGAGAAUUUGUCAAUUACUACCAAAUAGCCAAGCAAACAAAAAAUGACACAAUUUUGGCUAACUUAAAGCAAAUUGACCUUGAUUUGCAUAGAACGAUGCCUUUUAAUAUACAUUUCAAUGAUUUAGUCAAUUCGCAACCUGGCCCCCAUUUCUAUAAGCUUCAGAAAAUUCUUUAUGCAUUUGCCGCUUACAAGUCUGACGUUGGGUACUGCCAGGGAAUGAAUAAGAUCAUUGGAAACUUGAUAUUGGGAGAUAAUAGUUUAGUAGAUGAGGAUGUCUUUUGGAUAUUUGUUGGUUUGAUCGAGAGUAUCUUGCCAGUUUACGGUGAAAGCUUUAUCAAAUACUUUAGUAUCGGCUCAAUUAAUCAUAUAAAAAUGGACCAAACAAUAAUGUAUGAGUUUUAUUUUCCAAGGUUGUUACCAAAGCUAUAUGAGCAUUUGAGGGCAAUAAAUAUACAGAUUGAAUGCAUUACUAUGAACUGGUGGCUUACCUUAUUUACAGAGACGUUCCCGAACGUCGAAAUCUGGUUUAAGAUAUUCGAUAAUCUCCUAAUAUCUGACAUAGAGAUUAAAUUGAUCAGUCUUAGCUUAUCAAUAUUCAAAUUCUUUGAGAACAGUUUGUGUGAAUUAAUGAAUGAGAAUGAUAUCUACUUACUCAUGAAAAAUUUGAAUCUAUCUAAUUUUACGAAGAUGAACAUUAGGUACCUGGAAUUGAUUCAAUUCAGUAAUGGUUUUGAAAAGAAGAUCCAUAAGGCUGAAUUGCAUAGACUACGUGAGCAAUAUGAAUAUUAG